CCGGGGGGGUUUUGGGGGGGUCCCGGGGGGGGUUUUGGGGUCGCAGCCCCCCCCGAGGAUGCCGCUGGCCGUGCAGUGGCCGUUCCCAGCGGAGCCGUCGCGGCGCUGGGCCCUGGCGAGCCGCUUGGUCACGGGCCUGGUGGGCACCUACAGCUGCGUGUGGACCCGGUACCUGAACCGGCUGCGGGUUCACAACGCUGAGGUUCUGCACGAGCUGGUGGAGGGGAGGGGUCCCGGGACCCCCCUGCUGACCCUGUCCAACCACAGCUCCUGCAUGGACGACCCCCACCUGUGGGGGUCCCUGAAGCUGCGCCACGUCUGGAACCUGCAGAGGAUGCGCUGGACCCCCACGGCCGCUGACAUUUGCUUCACGCGGGAGCUGCACUCGCUCUUCUUCAGCCUCGGGCGCUGCGUGCCAGUGUGCCGCGGGGACGGCGUGUACCAGCGGGGGAUGGAUUUCAUCCUGGAGAGGCUCAACCAGGGAGACUGGGUGCACGUGUUCCCCGAGGGGAAAGUGAACCUGGGCCAGGAGGUCGCGCGCUUCAAAUGGGGCAUCGGGCGGCUCCUGGCCGAGUGUCGCCGGGACCCCGUGAUCCUCCCGCUCUGGCACGGGGGGAUGAGCGAUGUCCUCCCCAACUGCCGGCCCUACGUGCCCCGGGUGGGGCAGCACAUCACGGUGGUUGUGGGGCGCCCGUUCAGCGUCCGACCCCUCCUGGAGCGGCUGCGCAGCGAGGGGACCCCCACGGUGGAGCUCCGGAAGGCGCUGACUGAUUUUGUCCAGAGGGAGUUUGAGUCUCUGCGGGGCCACGCCCGGACCCUUCACCCCGCCCCAUAGCGGGGAUGGACCCCCCUGCCCCACAACUCGGGGGGUUCUGCCCCAUAGCAAAGCCCUGCUGUCCCAUAAAUGGGGGUUUUGCCCCAAAAAUUGGGGGUUUUGCCCCAUAAAUUGGGGGUUUUGCCCCAAAAUUGGGGGUUUUGCCCCAAAUUGGGGGUCCUGCCCUAUAGCAGGGGGUCCCUGGUGGACUCCCUGCCCCAUAGAGGGGGGAUCCUGCCCCACGGAGUCCCCCCACAACUGUGCACAGUGCCAAUAAAAGAAGAUGGAACCUCGGGGGUCUCUCUGGAGG